UGACUGACAGCCGGCGGGGGCUGCGGCCGGGGGCGGGCUGCCCGGCGCCGGCAGCUCAUUGGCUGGCGCGAGUGUGGGAAAGAACGCGGAGCCGGAUUCACACGCCCCGCCGCGGCGCUUCCUUAAAUAGCCAGGCGGCUGGCUACGCGCGCUCCGUCCCGGAGCCUGGAACCCGCGGGAGAGGGCCUCGGGAAGCCGUGCGUCCGGCCCGCCCUCGGCCCCGGGCGGCGCGGGGGCGCACCAUGCCUGCCGACACCCCGGGGAAGCUGAGGGCCUCGCCGCGGGCGGGAGCGCCGGCCGGUGCCCGCCGGACCCCGGACCAGCCCCGGAGCGCGGCCGAGCACCGGAAGGUGGGGACCCGGCCGGACGCGGUUGGCAGGAGCGGGGGGGAGAGGGUAGCUGACGCCCGCGGGACUCAGCCGCUGCCGGCCCCGCAGUCCUCCAAGCCCGUCAUGGAGAAGCGGCGCCGAGCGCGCAUCAACGAGAGCCUCGCUCAGCUCCAGAGCCUCCUCCUGGACGCCCUCAGGAAAGAGGUGAGUCGGGGGUGGGAGGGCGAGAUCGGGGAGCCUGGAAUCCGGGCGCUCCUGGGCUGCCAGCCGCCCACACCGGCCCCGCCCCCAGAGCUCCCGCCGCUCGAAGCUGGAGAAGGCGGACAUCCUGGAGCUGACCGUGAAGCACCUGCAGAGCCUGCGGCGCGUGCAGGUGACAGCCGCCCUCCGCGCCGACCCGGCAGUCCUGGGCAAGUACCGCGCCGGCUUCCACGAGUGUCUGGCCGAGGUGAAUCGCUUCCUGGCCGGCUGCGAGGGCGUCCCGGCCGACGUGCGGUCCCGCCUGCUCGGCCAUCUGGCGACCUGCCUGGCCCGGCUGGGGCCCUCGCGCCGCCCGCUUCCACCGGCCCCCGCCGCCGAAGUUCUGGCGCCCGCGGUCUACGCGGGCCGCCCGCCGCCGCCGGCCUUCGACGGCCCCUGCCCCUUGCCGCGCUCCGGGGCGGUCUUGGCGCCGCCCUUCCUGCCGGGCCGGACGGGGGCGCCCCUCGCCGCCCCCGGGGCCGCGGCUCAGGGCCGGGGCGCACCCUGGAGGCCGUGGCUGCGGUGAGGUCGCGGCCCCAGAACCCGCUGAGACUGUGCCAGAAAAUAUUUAUUUCCAGAGACCGCGUCGGGAGUUUUGUUUUGCCGUCUUCGUGAAGGGUACAGUCCGGCAGAGGCCCAGCAGCGGGGUCGGCUGACGUCUUCGCGCGAGCGGGCAGGGCGGGCCGCGGGAGUUCUGCUCCCACCUGGGCCCGCAGGUGCCCGGCGCGCAGGUUCGGCCGGCCUUGCGUUUGCCUGUAUCUCACUGCGCUGGAGCCGCGACCCGCCUUGAAGUGGGGAGGAGGGUGUGUGUGAGAGGUUCCUCGGGAGGCUCAGGCAGGACGGUGGCAGUCAUCACGUUUUCCAGAACGUCUCCCAGUGUUGGGAGGCAGUCGUGCAGCAUCACUGGGCAUGUUCUUCCCCCACUCUCACUCUCGAGGACCCUGGAAGGUGGACACAUGUAUUUUCACACUGUUGUCUUGGUGCUGAGCUGUGGUGAGGGCUGACUGUCCCUGAAGCUUCGGUUCUGGCCUGUCCACCUCCUGCCUUCUUGUGGCUGAGCACCAAGCUGCCUGUGCCCGCCCGUGCGUCGAGCCUGCCCCAGGCCAGUGUCUGCCCAGGAGAGGGAUGCCAGCAGGAGAGGGCAUCUGAGUCCCAGGGGCAGGGAACGGGGGCCAGCCCGACAAAGGGCACUUAGUGCUGGGGCUCUUUUCCUGCCAGAGUCCAGCCCUGCUGUGUGCCCCAUCCUGCCCUGAGAGGGGAGGUCCCCCUACAGUACGAAGGAACUGGCGUUGGUCCGGCCUACGCAUCCGUCCUGAGCACUGGCUGUGUGUUCACCCUACAAUACAGCGAUCCUAGGCGGCGUUGGGCAUCGCCCCCCCCCCCACUACGGGAGUCGCUGUCCUGUGGUCCCAGGCCUCCCCAGGCUGCUGCUGGGGGCUGUGCUCCAGGUGCGGUGAGGGGGUGGUCCAAGGCACGCAGCUGGGACUGCAGUGUCUCAUCCUGAGCCCUCCUGAGGCUGAGGCAAGAUCUGUUUCCCAACCACAGCCAAGUUCAUCUGAUGGUUGCCGGCCGCCUGCCUGGCCAGGGACCAUCACGGAGGAGGAGGGUGAAUCACUGCCAGGGCUGGCCUGCCCCUCCUCCAGUGGCCCCAUCAGCUCCCGUGUCCGUGUCGUGUGCAAGGUUCACCUGCCCUCCUGGACUCAGCCGUGCACACCCGGCAGGGCCUGCCACAUCCCACCAAGCCAGUUCCUCCCCGACCUCCAGCUGCCUGGCCCAUCUCCUUGAGUGUCCAGGGCCCAGGCCAGUGGUCCUGGACAGUUGCAGCCAUGCAGGCCAGGUGCCACACCCUCUGCACACAGGCCCUGGGGAGGCUGGGAGAGCUGGGUCACCAGCAGGACUGUGGGAGAGUUGCUGCUAACCAGCCUGGGAGGCCCUCCCAGCAGGAGAAUUGUAGAGGGUCCAUUUCAGAAACCAAAGUUGAGCUUGGUUGGGGGAGGGGAACUGCUCAGGGAGGGCCUCAGUGCAGGAGGGGAGG